GUUAAAGUGCGAGAAGAAGCAGCCAAAUUCAAGCAAGAAACAAUUAAUUUCUUAGAGGAAAAGAUUAAAGAAAAUGAAAAGGAAGCUAAAAUAAAGCAAGAAAUAAUUAGCAAUUUAGAAGAAAAUGUUAGAGAACGGGAAGAAAAAAUACGUUUUUUGGAAGAAAAGGUUAAAAAACGAGAAGAAGCAGCCAAAAUCAAACAAGAAAUUGUUAAUGUUUUAGAUAAGAAGGUUAAAGUACAAGAAAAUGAAGCUAAAGCCAAUCAAAGAAUAAUUAGCAUUCUUGAGGAAAAAGUUAAAGAUCGAAAAAAAGAAAAUAAAGACAAACAAGAAACAAUUAGCAAUUUAGAAGAAAUGGUUAUAGAGCAGUUAGAAUUUAUUAACGAUUUAAAAGAAAAAAUGGGAGAAAGGGAUGAAGUAAUAAAGGCAAAUCAAAAAGCUAUUAAUGAAUUAAAUGAACAAAUUAAAAAACAAGAAAGUUGGUCCAAAGAAACUAUUGAUGAAAAA